CCCAUGAAGCCCCCCGGGGCUGUGGGGACGCUGCUGCGCGCGCUCGGCCGCCGCGAUGGCCCCGACACGCCGAGGCCGUCCCCAGCCGCCCCCCACGCGUUCCGCGAGCGGAGCCUGCGCCGGGGGGCGCCCUGCGGGGGCUGCGGGACCCCCCUGGGACCCCACGGGCUCGUGUGCAGAGUUUGCAAAGUCGCCGCCCACAAGAGAUGUGAGAGCAAGGUGACGGCUCCGUGCCAACCUCUGCCCCCGCCUGAGCUGAGGCGGAACACGGCCCCGGUGCGGCGCAGCGAGCGCGUGGGCUCCUCGCUCGACAGCGCCCCCCAGCGGAGCACCCUGCCCAGGACCCCCCGAGCCCCCAGCCCCGAGGCCGCGCCCCUGCCCCCGCUGGACCUGGCGUUCGUCACCGAGCGGAUCCUGAGCGUGGCCCUGCCGGGGGGCGAGGGGGGGCCCGGGGCGCACCUGCGGCACCUGGCGCGGCUGCUGGGGGCGCGGCACGGCCCCAACUACACCAUCUUCAACCUGGCCGAGAAGUGCCGCGACAUCCCGCGCCUGAACCCCAAAGUGCUGGAUUUCGGGUGGCCGGACCUGCUCGCCCCCCCCCUGGAGCUGCUCUGCUCCGUCUGCAAAGCGCUCGAGGGGUGUCUGGGGGGGCACCCCCGCAACGUGGCCGUGCUGCUCUGCAAGGGCAGCAAGGCCCCAGUCGGGGUGGUCGUGGGGGCGUUUCUGCACUACAGCGACGUGUGUGGCAGCCCCGAGCAGGCACUGAACGCUCUGAGCAUGAGGAGAUUCUGCGAGGAGAAACUGGGGGGGGGUCCUCUGCAGCCCUCCCAGCGCAGGUGGGGGAGUACACGGAGGAUUUUGGGGGCGCUGCUCUCGGGGCGGCUCCGCCUGAACAGCUCUCCCCAGUUCCUGCACCACGUCCUGCUGCCCCCCCUGCCUGCCUACGACCCCCCCGACGGUUGCCGCCCCUUCCUCAAGAUCUACCAAUCGCUGCAGCUCGACUACACCUCGGGGGUCUACCCCCCCGCCUCGCAGUCUCUCUGUGUCACCCUGGAACCGGCGCUGCUGCUCAAGGGGGACGUGAUGGUGCGCUGUUACCACCGGCGGCGGGGGGGGCGCGAGGCGAUUUUUGGGGUUCAGUUCCACACGGGGACCCUGCGCGGGCCCCGCCUGAGGCUGCGCCGGGACGAGCUGGACCUGGCCUGGCAAGACCAGCGCUUCCCCCCCGACGCCACCGUCGAGUUCAUCUUCUCCUCAGGCCCCGAGAGGGUCGAAGGCUGGGUCGCCCCCCGCGGCCCCCCCACCACCCCUAUUGAUUAUGGGGUGCAGGACCCCGCAGUGCGGCGCGACUCCUUUGAGGAGCCCUGGGACAGCCCCGAGGAGCCCUCCCACACCUGGGGGUCCCCUGGAUGGCAGCCCCUACGCCCGCGUGCAGAAGAAGGGGGCCCCCCGCGGCCCCCCCCACGGCCGCCGAGCGCCGGGGAGCUGGAGCAGCUGCUGGGGGGGUUCGGGGUUAGGGGGGGCCGCGAGAGCCCCGGCCCGGGGGAGGAGCCCCCCGACACCCCCGAAGCGCUUGGGACCCCCACAGCCUAUGGGAGCCCCGAAGCACUUGGGAGCCCAGCGCCCUACCGGAAUCCAACCCCCCCCCAGCCCAGAAGUCCCCCGGUGUCCUACAGCCCCCCAAUAGCCCACGGGACCCCACUGAUCACGAGACCCCUGACACCCUAUGGGACCCCAACAUCCCAGGAGAGCCCAGCCCCCCACAGCCCCCCGACAUCCUACAGCCCCCCAAAACCCCACGGCACCCCGGCAUCCCCCGGGCUCCCCAUCUCCCACAUCACCCCGCGGGCACGGCUGGGGGGGACCCCGCCGCGCCGCCUCCGGAGCCCCCAAAUUGCCCCCACUGCGGCCGCCCGGGGCUGGGACCGGAGCGGGACCCCCCCCCCGGAAAAGGGGGCUACGACCCCCCCGCCGUGGGGGAGCCCCAGGAGCCGACAGGACGGCGGAGCCCCAUUGAGGGGACCCUCUGGCCGGGCCCCCCCCCGCGCCCCCCUCCCCGGCAGCGGCACCCCCGGCUCCCCCCCGCCCCCGCAGCCGCCCCUGCCCGAGAAGCGGCACCCCCCGGCCCCGGGGGGGCCCCGGGACCCCUCCUCACCCCAGCGCAGCCCAGGGGGGACCCAGGGACCCCCCUCAGCGGGGGAGGGGCCGGGCGGGACCCCCCCCGGGGGCACCUUCGUGCAGGACACGAGCAAGUUCUGGUACAAACCGGGGCUGUCCCGGGAGGAAGCCGUGGCGCUGCUCAAGGCGGCCCCUCCCGGCUCGUUCCUCGUCCGCCGCAGCAGCAGCUUCCCGGGGGCCUUCGGGCUCGCGCUCAGGGUGGGGGUCCCGCCCCCCCCGCCGUCUCGCUGGCGUCUGACGCCCCCCGGUCCCUCAGGGGACCCCCAGGAGCAGCUGGUCCGGCACUUCCUGAUCGAGACGGGCCCGCGGGGGGUCAAAAUCCGGGGGUGCCCCGAGGAGCCCUACUUUGGGAGCCUGCCAGCGCUGGUACUGCAGCACUCCAUCACCCCCAUCUCACUGCCCUGCACCCUCCGCAUCCCCCAUGCAGAGCUGCAGGAGGAGCCCCCAGAGCCGCCGGGACCCCCCAAUGUCAGCACGGCCGGAGCCCUCCUGAGGCAGGGGGCAGCCUGCUCCGUGCUGUUCCUGGGCUCGGUGGGCACCGAGGCCCUGACUGGGCCCCAGGCCGUGGCCAAGGCCGUGGGGUCCCUCCUGGAGGGGGCCCCAAGCGCGGGGGGGUCCCCCCGGCCCCCCCCCAGCCCCGUGCACUUCAAGGUGUCGGUGCAGGGGAUCACCCUGACGGACCGGCAGCGCAAACUCUUUUUCCGCCGGCACUACCCCGUGAGCAGCGUCACCCACUGCGGCACCGACCCGCAGGAGCGCCGGUGGGCGAACCCCGACGGGACCACGGCCAGGAUUUUCGGGUUCGUGGCGAAGCAGGCGGGGGCCCCGGGGGGGGGCAACGCGUGCCACGUGUUCGCGGAGCUGGACCCGGAGCAGCCAGCAGGGGCCAUCGUCACCUUCGUUACCAAAGUCCUGCUGGGGACACGGCACUGAGGGACACUGGGGACCGCCCCCGCACCCCAAAAACCACCUGGGCAGGGGGGGCUCGGGGGCACCCUCCAAACCCAGCGGGACUCCCCCCGCCACUCUU